AUGGCGCAGGCGGGAUGCUACUGCAUCCCUGAAGAACGGCUGUGCAACCUGGAGGAGGGCUGCCCCGGUGGCGGUACCUACAUCUGGCACGGCUGCAUCUUCGCCUCCCUGGCCGGAUGCCUGCUCAACGCCACCCACAACGGCUUGCUGCCGGUGGUGUCCGUGGUCAGAGAGAUGGAUUCUCAGCUGCUGCCGGAUGUGGGAUCAGUUGUCACCUGUCAGGUUUCCAGCAUCAACUCUCGCUUUGCCAGAGUGCAUAUUCUGUAUGUGGGAUCUACACCACUCAAGAAUUCCUUUCGGGGAACCAUCCGGAAGGAAGAUGUCCGAGCCACGGAAAGGGACAAGGUCGAAAUUUACAUAACGUUCUGCCCAGGUGACAUUGUCCUUGCCAAGGUGAUCUCCCUAGGCGAUGCUCAGUCCAAAUACCUCCUGACCACGGCUGAAAACGAGCUGGGUGUGGUGGUGGCUCACGGUGAGGCAAGUGUCCAGCUGGUGCCCAUCAACUGGUGUGAGAUGCAGUGCCCACAGACCAACGUUAAGGAGUUCUGGAAGGUGGCCCGGGUACAGCCCGAGUUCCUGCAGACGAAGGUGGAGGCGUUGGCACCGGCAUCACCAUCACCUCACGACAGCCGGGUCCGAGAGCUGGUCAUCCUCACGGAGAUGCUCUACGACCACUAA